AUGGCAAUGAGACCAAUAAAGUUAAUGGGACAUGAGCGUUCCUUAACUCAAGUUAAAUAUAAUAGAGAAGGUGACUUAUUAUUUUCUGUUGCUAAAGAUAAUGCUGCUUCAAUUUGGUUUAGUAGUAAUGGUGAAAGAUUAGGAACUUUAGAAGGUCAUCAAGGGGUAAUUUGGUCUAUUGAUGUAGAUCCUGAAACAAACUUAUGUGCAACAGGUGGUGGGGAUUUAGCUAUAAAGUUGUGGAAAGUUGAAACUGGUCAAUGUGUAUUUACAUGGGAAUCUCCAUCACCAGUUAGAAGAGUUGCAUUUUCAUCAGAUGGUAAAAGAUUGUUAGCAAUAGCAGAUCAAGUUAUGGGUCAUAUUGGUACUAUAUCAGUAUACGAUUUAAAAACAAAUGAAUCAGAUUUCAAUAAUCAAGAUAUAAAACCUUCAUUAAUAAUAGAAACUGACCAAAAUAACUCAAAAUCAAAUGUUGCAAAUUUUACUCAAGAUGGUAAAUUUAUAAUUAGCGGGUUAGAUAAUGGGUAUGUUAAUAAAUAUGAUUCAAAUACUGGUGAAUUAAUUCAAUCAAUACAAGCUCAUGGUAUACAUACAGAAGAGAAAAAUAUUAGUAUUACUGAUAUUCAAUUUGCACCUGAAGAUAAAUCGUAUUUUAUAACUUCAUCAAAAGAUAAAACUGCAACAUUAAUUGAUGUUGAAAGUUUUGAAAUUUUAAAAGUUUAUAAAGCUGAUGCACCAAUGAAUACAGCAGCAAUAACCCCAGUCAAAGAUUUUGUUAUAUUAGGAGGUGGUCAAGAAGCAAGAAACGUUACAACAACAGCGGAAUCUCAAGGUAAAUUUGAGGCUAGAUUUUAUCAUAAAAUUUUCGAAGAAGAAAUUGGUAGAGUUAAAGGUCAUUUUGGUCCAUUAAAUACUGUUGCUGUUCAUCCAAAUGGUGCUGGUUAUGCAAGUGGAGGAGAAGAUGGUUUUAUUAGAGUUCAUGAAUUUGAAAAAUCUUAUUUUGAUUUUCUUUUUGAUGCUGAAAGAUCAGAAAAAGCUGCUGCAUCUGGUAAUAUUUAA